AUGUCUACUCCUAGUGUUCAAACUUUUGGUAAAAAGAAGAGUGCUACUGCCGUUGCCCACGUCAAGGCCGGUAAGGGUCUCAUCAAGGUUAACGGUGCCCCAAUCACCCUUGUUGAACCAGAAAUCUUGCGUUUCAAGGUUUACGAACCAUUGUUGAUUGUUGGUUUGGACAAAUUCGCCAACGUUGACAUUAGAGUCCGUGUCACUGGUGGUGGUCAUGUCUCCCAAGUUUACGCUAUCAGACAAGCCAUUGCUAAGGGUUUGGUUGCUUACCACCAAAAAUACGUUGAUGAACAAUCUAAGAACGAAUUGAAGAAGGCUUUCACUGCUUACGACAGAACCUUGUUGAUUGCUGACUCCAGAAGAAUGGAACCAAAGAAGUUCGGUGGUCGUGGUGCCCGUGCCAGAUUCCAAAAAUCUUACCGUUAA